AUGACUACCUAUUUAUUAUUAAUUCUAUUACUGCUAUCACAUCAGCAUACGAACGUUCAAGCAGGACGUUCUGCUCUCUGUUUUUUGACACGUAUACCAGCAUUAGAAACACUUGAAUUUGCACAAGAAUUGGCUCAAGAUGCAAUAGAAUAUGAUGUUGAUGUAUUUAUUAUGAUUGAUGAUAAUAAAUUUAAUGUAUCUACCAUAAAUAUUUCAUCCAAUAUCCGAUUAGUUCAAAUUUCAAAUCAAGAAUGUAUUUAUUAUGGUUAUCGAAAAACAAUUUAUGUAGGAAAAGGCUGGCCAAAAAUUACAUCAUGGGAUAAAGCUCUUCUCUAUUUUACUUUAUUGAAUAAUAAUUAUGGAUUUGUUUGGUUAAUUGAAAAUGAUGUUUUAAUUCCAAGUGUACAAGCAUUUCGUUCAUUACAUCAACUUUAUUCGAAUACUAGUGAUCUUAUUGUUCCAAGUAAUAAAAUUAAUUUAUUAGGUGAUACAUCAACUCGGAUUUGGUGGCCACAGGCAGUUGGAAAACUUAUCCUACCUUGGUCUCAUUCAAUGGUUAAUGUAGUAGGAUUAAGUCGACGAAUGCUAAUAGCUAUUGAGAAGAUGACAGGAACACUUGCACCAGGUCAAAGUGAAGAAUUGUUACAAAUGGCUCAUCUUGCCUAA